AGUGCAGAGAAUAAGAUGGAUAGCAGUAACUUGUCUGUAAUCUUGGCUCCCAAUCUCCUUCACUCUGGAGACGGUACAGAGAAGAUGAACGCCAACACAGAGAAACGCCUCAAACUACAGGCAGCUGUAGUACACUGCUUCAUAGAGAAUGCCCACAACUUUGGUGUGUUACCACAGUUCCUUCUAGAGAAGGUUCCAGCCAUGAUGGGCUGUGAGGCAGGGAUUUUGUCCCCUACUCAUGAUGAAUUCAAGGAGCUGGACUUAAACUCGGGGAUGAAGAGGAGACACAGAUGCAGCUUCGGAGAUAUGGUCAAUGGUGCUCUGAAUAAAAUAAAAACUAAUAGAACACCCACAAAAGCCACCCAAACAGACAGUCUUGUCUUUUCUUCUGCAACUCCUGUGAUUGCAACACCAACCUCCAAGCGAAAACUUACUUUGGAAUCUGGUCACUCUUUUGGAUUCUCAAACAAGAAACGUAAAUCUGUCAAAAAGAACCUUGGGAUAGAAUUACUUCCCAAUUCUCUGUUCAGUGGGACCACCACUCCUGGAUCAGCUUACAGUGCUUCAGGGGUCUUGGACUCUUCCCAGAAUACUUUGUCCUCAGCAGGGAAGUCUAGAAGGCAAUCAGCUACUUCUGUAAGAAGGAAGAGCCGAAGACUUAGCAGCAGACAUGUGGUCAACAGGGUUGAAUCUGGAAGAGCUGGCUGUUUUUCUCCUAAAGUCAGCAAAAAAGAAGCCCCACGCAAGUCUCUGCGCUUGCGUUUUAGCCUGGGGAAGAGCAGCAAAGAAGCUUUUCUUUCAUCUUUCAUUUCUCAUUCCAUGCUGGUGAUAAAGGGAUCUGAGUCCAUUGGCUGGCGACUUGCCACUCAAGACAGCACCACCAGUUUUCGUUUCACCAAAGAGAAAGAGUUCAGCCCGUCAGUUCUGCCUAGAAACACUGAAUCCAAGAAUUCUAAGUACAUCAGCAAGUCUGAAGACAACCUGUUGACCCCCCAGUGUGCCUCAAAUGCCCACCGGACCUCAUGGAGCGGGGACACUCCUGUAGGAGCUCAGGGUUUUAGUGGAGGAUCCUUUACAGAUACACCCAUGAACAUGUGCCUAAAGAACAACUAUGUGUCUGAGCCUGCCAUCGUCAUAUCGAAGCCCCCAGCGGUGUCCAUCCUCCCCAUGAAGCUGUGUUGUGCUUCCAGUGCCGAGAGCCUGGAGAGUGAGAGUUCAGUCGCUGAAGCCCCGAGCCAAAACAGACCCACCCUGUUGAAAAUCAAGAGUGCCUUAACAGAAUUAGGCAGUGAUGUUGUACAGGACUCCUCCUGUGGAGCAACCUUGACAAAACCAUCAGACAGCAUCCUCUUCCCUCCACCAGAGACUCCUGCAGCCAAAGUUCUGUCUCUGGACACAGACGCAUCCAGCGGCCCAACUCAACAAAGCUUUCUGGCUAAAGAACAGAACAUUACAUUUGGACAGAUUGAAAUAGCCGCUUUGUCUCCUUUGCAUAUUGAUAGUGUACUUUUUGAGUCUGAUGUGUAUUGCAGUACUGCAGUAAGGGUUGAUGAAGGUUCUUUCUGUGCUGCUGCUGCCAUCAAUAACCAUGAGAGCUCCAUGGUAGAAGAAAGUGAGGAGGCAGACCAAGUAAACUGCAGCAGGUUGAUUGAUGCUCUGGACAUCCAAAGUCCCGCUCAUUUCAAACGGGGUCUUCCCUCUGGGCUGCAAUCCACUCCCUACAAGCCAGGUCUUGAACUCAACCAUGCGCAUGGCACACCUUCUAGAGCUGGUACUACAACCAGUAUGGUACAUGAAGAUCACGAAUCUUCCUCAGAGAUCGGUACCAAAGUCCAAAACCAGAAAUCGCUCUCAUCAGUCAGCCUGGAUACCCAAAAGACCAGAGUGGCCGACCACAUCCAACACUUCAACAGCCUCACCCUUCACUCUCCCAGAGGCUCCAAGGCCCACAACAUCAGGUCACCGCUCAGGUUCCAGCGCACCCCUGUCAGUCACACUGUCCGUAGGAUGAACUCUCUUAUGGGAGAGAACAGGAGACCCACUCGACAUCUGGAACUCAGCGCCAGCUGUCACAAUGGUCAGGUGGUGAAGGCGGUGAGCCUGGAGAGCGGCAUCUCCCCUCACCCUCAGCUUCAACCCCACCAGGGAGAGACACGAGUGGGACGGUCCAACAGCAAUUGUCCCAUGAAGAAACCACCUCCAGUCCCUCCCAAAAAGUCAAGCACCCUGGCCCGCAGAUCUAUGACCUUUGCUCUAGGUGAUGUGACCAACAAGGUCCAACCUAAGACCAAAGUGGACUCUGAUCUGUCAGGAAAUCAGAAGCCUUGUGUGCAGCAGGUAGCAGUAAAGGACAUGAACCAUUACAGAGGUUCCCCAAGAAACCCUCUCAACCAAGUACAACUGCUGUCUGCUACCAAGCCUGUAGAUUUAUAGUUGAUACUCUUUAUGCCUUAUCGUUCCCUCCUUACUAUGCAGGUCUCUGUCUGAUAAAACUACAUGUCAUUAAACAUUCCAGUUCAUCUGUAUUGCAGGGGUUUUAAUUUAUUUUUAGCUCUGGUAGGUGCUGUUUGUGUGGCGUUAGGGCCUCGGUGGGAGA